UUCUGUCCUGUCCUAGAACAAGAACUCACAGCCUGGACCAUCAAGCUGUCUCCCGCAGCGUCUCUGGGAGAGAUGCAAACUGAGGAUGAGGGGUGCCACCAGCCAGUGCGUGCUCCUGGGCUCCCUGGCCUGCGGGUUGUGGCUGGCGCUGCUUCUGGCCUACCUGCUCCGUAACCUGGGCACUGAGCAGCUGGCCGGCGAGGACCCUGGCACGGUGUGGCUGCUCGGAGACAGGCGGCCAGCUCCCCACCCUGCAGCAUGGCUGCCGGCCCCCCAGGAGAGGUUUGGGAGACCCAGGGAGGAGGAGGAGCUGGACGAGGAGAGGCUGGAGAUGAGUCCGGGCAACAAGAGAAUUCUCUACGUACCGUCAGAUCUAAAUGACGAAGCCCUGACUUUCGGAUUCAACGUCACCAAGAGCAGAGUCCUGGGCGAUGAGAGAGAAGUGUCUGACACCAGGAAUGAGAUGUGCCGUAAGAAAAGGUACCCAUACCACCUGCCCAUGGCCAGCGUCGUCAUCUGCUUCCACAAUGAAGAGCUUCACGCCUUGCUCCGCACGGUGUCCAGUGUCAUCGCCCGAACCCCAGCUCACCUCCUGGAGGAGAUCAUUUUGGUGGAUGACUACAGUGACCUCAAUGACUUGAAAGAAGAACUUGGCCAUCGUCUGGAGAAAUUCUGGAGAGAGGUUAAGUUCAUCAGGAACAAAAGGAGAGAGGGGCUGAUUCGGUCCAGGAUGAUCGGUGCGUCUUCUGCUUCAGGGGACGUGCUGGUGUUUCUGGACAGUCACUGUGAAGUGAACCAAGUGUGGCUGGAACCCCUGCUGGACGCCAUCGCCAAGGACCCCCAGAUGGUUGUGUGUCCUCUGAUCGAUGUCAUCGACUCUGUCACCCUGCAGCUCCGGCCUUCCCCGCUUGUCCGGGGAGCCUUCAACUGGCAUCUACAAUUCCAGUGGGAUCACGUGUUCUCUUAUGAGAUAGAGGGACCAGAAGGGCCGACCACGCUCAUCCGGUCCCCUGCCAUGGCCGGUGGGAUCUUUGCUAUCAACAGACGUUACUUCAGUGACAUCGGUCAGUACGACCGGGGGAUGGACCUCUGGGGAGGAGAGAAUGUGGAACUUUCGCUCAGGGUCUGGAUGUGCGGGGGCCGGCUGUACGUGGUACCCUGCUCCCGCGUGGGCCACAUCGCCAAGCAGCCCGUCCAGUACAAGCAGGCGCUUCUGCAGGCCAUGGACCGGAACACCGUGCGGCUGGUGCACGUGUGGCUGGACGGGCACAAGGAGCAGUUUUUCCGACGAAGGCCGGAUCUGAAGUCCAUCGCCUACGGGAACGUCACUGAGCGCUUCGAGUUACGGAGACAGCUGGGCUGCAGGUCUUUCCAGUGGUACCUGGACACAGUCUACCCAGAACUGGAGUCGCUGAUGCUCAGCUGAGAAAAAGCAAAUGGAUCAUUUCACUGAGGCUGAAUCACGCAGCCAGUCCCCCGACACAGAGAAGAGUGCAGGCCCAGAACACCCUAAAGCUGUGGGAGCG